AUGACAGAAAUAAAACAAGCCUGUUAUGACGGUACGGGAGAUGUAGAUUUGUGGCUUAUGAAAAUGAAGUUCUAUUGUUCUACAAAGAAAUUUGAAGGUAAACAAGAAGCUCACGCCAUAGCGAGUAAACUCGAGGGGGCGGCGUUUCUAUGUAUUGCGAGAUUAGACGAUGAACUUCAAGAUGACCCAAAAGAAGUUAAAGCCGCUUUAAGGAAGGAAUUCGACAAAGAAUCGAUCGACCAUGAGAAAGCUGUCGACGAAUUACGAGAUUUAAGGCGAAAAGGCGGUGAAACACCAGCACAGUUAGCGUGGAGAAUCGAAAAGUUGAUGGCGAAGGCUUACCCGGAGGUAUGCGCGUCAACACACGGAUCGGCAAAGAAAACAAAGGAACAAAUGUUACAUGAUACCUUUUUGGGAGCUAUUGACAAUGCAAUGAGUUGAAAGAUAAAGAGCGACAGUAAACAUCGAGAUUUAAAUUUAACACAACUUUCUGAAGAAUUAGAUCGGCUCGAGUUAAUUUAUAAAACAACAGCGCCAAAAGUAAACCUCGAAGUAAACAAUUUCAAAACGACAGGGGAAGCAGACGAAAUAUCGUUAAGAAAGAUAAUCAGAGAAGAGGUAGCAGCCGCCCUAUCCAAAGAAAACGAUGGAAGUCGGGAAACAGAGGACGAAACAAAACGUACGGUCGGAUUCGUUGGAAAGAGAAAUUUCCCGCCAAAACCUAGGAGUGGAAAAACCAGUAAAAAUCAAGCGUGUUUCCACUGCCAGUCGCCUGAACAUUUUCGGAAAGACUGUCCAUUUAAAGAUCUUUGUCAACGCUGCUGGCAAAAGGGCCAUACAGCACCAUCUUGCCAUGCUCCAAGCCCUCGCCCUUCGCCGUCUUUAAACUCCAAGGCGGCUGGGUACAAUCGUCAGCAAAAAUAAAUUCGUUCUCAGCCGCGAAGAAAUUUAUUACACUAACUGGUACAGUGGUUCAGUCUGGAAGCAGAGAGUUCAAGCAUGAGUUUAUUUGUGAUUCUGGAGCAGAGGUUUCAGUUAUUCCAACGGCGUUAGCACAAGAACAUUACAUGAAAAUUCAACCAACUACACGUCACGUAGAGAUGGCUAAUGGGACACACGCAGAAUGCAGAGGUGUGGUUCAAACAUCAGUUACGGUAGGGACAAACAAUUGUAUAUUGAGCUUUUUUGUGGUAAGUGGUGUUCAAAACGGGAUUCUGGGCCUGGACUCUUUGGGAAAAUUGGGUGUAUCGUUGAACACAAGAAAAAAAUUGGCAACAAUAGAUGGGGCCCAACCCGUGUUACAACCGGAAGUAGAUACCCCUCAGGAAAUACUAAAGUGUUGCCACAUACGAGAUGCGGAAAGUCGUGAUAUUAAGCCAUUUGAAGAAAUAUUCAUUUGGGGUAAAUUGGAAGAUAAGAAUGAAAAAUUUACUAGAGAUUCGUAUAUCGAAGGUACGGAACAUUUUCAGCAGAGAACUGGGCUUCUUACAGCCCCGAUAAAGAUUUCGGCAGAAAUGAUGAACGAUGAAAAUAAAAUCCCCAUAUGCGUACUGAAUAAAUCAAUCAGAGUUUAUAGAGAACAAACUGCGGCCACAAUUCAGGAACUGCCAAGUACCCACAACAUAGUGACAUAUUUCAGAGUCAAGUAUGGGGGAAAAUAAUCCAUCAUCACAAUAUGACCCGGUCCCAGAAGUAUCAGUGGGUGAACAAUUGACAACACAACAAAGACAAAACCUAGAAGUUUUAAUUCGAAAAAAUACACAAGUUUUCGACUACCCGGGAAACAGUGG